AUGGAACGAGGAAGCAAUGUUUCGUAUUUUGAUGGUUCUGACUAUGCUUACUGGAAAACUCGCAUGAGAUCCUACCUUGAAAGUCAAGGGUCUGCAGUGUGGAGCGUAGUUCAGAGCGCUCAAUUUGUGGUUCUUGAUGUUCGUAUUAGCCAAGCUCAAGUUGAAGAGUUUGAAGCUAAUAGCAAGGCGAGAAACAUUCUAUUCUCUAGCUUGAGUCACUCUGAGUUUGAUCGUGUCUUUGAUCUUACUACUACUCAUGCUAUUUGGACACGAUUGCAAAACUUCCAUGAGGGAACUACACAGGUCAAGGCCAGGUUGUUCGACACAUACCGAAGAGAGUAUGAGAACUUUAGACAAUUGCCUGGUGAGAGUGUAGAGUCCAUGUUUAGCAGGUUUCAGGGGAUAGUGAACAAGAUGAGAGCGAAUGGUAGACUUCCCUAUGAUGAUCAUGAGAGAGCUAUAGAACUACUAUACAGUCUAGAUCGUAAGGUUUGGGAGGUCAAAGUCGCUGCUAUCAUUGAGUCCCCCAACUGUGAAACACUCACUGUGGAUGAGUUGUAUAGCAAGGUUAGAUCUAUUGAGAUUGACAAUGAGACUAGAGCCAAAUAUGUGAAUCCGUCAAACCCUCAGAUUUCUGUCACAGAAGAACAGGUGGAUGCUCCUGGAGAUGAGGAGCUAGCGCUAAUCACAAAGAAGUCCAACUGCUUCUAUGACAACAGAAGAAAUCGAAGGAGAGGCACCUCCAAGGGCUGUUUUGAGUGCAGCGAUCUGAACCACUUCAUCAUCGACUGCCCCAAGAAGAAGAAGAAGGUUGAGGCCGACAAGCCUAAUUACAAAAAGAAGAAGUACUUUGAUCGUGAGGCUUUGAAGAAGGACUUCCGCAAGAAGUUCAAGGCAAAGGAACGUGACUUCCUAGCCUCCCUCAGCGACUUUGACGUCGACUCCAGCGAUGAUGAUUCCUCAAGCUCAAGUGAGGGUAGGGACAAUAAGAAGAAGAAGAUCAUCGAUAACCUCAACAUCUUGUGCUUUAUGGCCAAUGACAACAGUGAUGCCGAGCUUGACUCGGAGGUACAGCUUUCUGCCGAUGAGCUCUCUGUGAAAGUAGAUGAAUUAGAAGAUGCUUUGGUAGCUCAAGAUCGCAAUCUCAAGUGCUUCAUUCUCAAGCAAAGUAAUUUGGAUAAAUUUGAGUCCCGCUCAUCUGAUAGCAAAUUUCUUGGUUAUGCCUUGCAUAGUCGUGCUUAUCGUGUGCUUAAUCUAGAAACUAACAAAAUCAUGGAAAUAUGUGAGGUUACUUUUGAUGAAACUAUACCAUGCACAACCCUUGCUUUUGAGACUGCAGGUGAACAAGAAUUGAGUGAGAGUAUCUUUGUUGAUGAGGACUUUCUAGCUCUAAUUGUUGAUGAUGAUGAUGCUAGUUUCCAUCCAUCACUAGCUGCACAAGAGCUGCCUUCUGCUUCCACUACAUCAACAGAAGGUCCUGAUGCUACUACUGCUUCCACAUUUGCUGCACCAUUACAUGAUCAAGCAGAAGCUCCAGCUGUCGUUGAGGGGGAGGCUACUUUAUAA